AUGAAGUUGAGUCUUACCAAAGUGGUUAAUGGCUGUCGCCUAGGAAAAAUAAAAAACCUGGGUAAAUCCAGAGACUGCACCAUGGACAUUCCAGGCUGCCUUCUGUACACCAAGACUGGCUCUGCCCCACACCUGACCCAUCACACACUGCAUAAUAUCCACAGGGUUCCUGCCAUGGCUCAGCUUACACUGUCGUCACUGGCAGAACAUCAUGAAGUCUUGGCAGAAUAUAAGGAAGGAGUUGGAAAGUUUAUAGGCAUGUCAGAGUCACUCUUGUACUGCUCCUUGCAUGAUCCAGUCAACCCCUGCCCAGCUGGUUAUGUAACAAACAAGUCUGUGUCUGUGUGGGGUCUUGGAGGACGAGUGGAAAUGACUGCUUCCAAAUUCAUGGCAAUUCAGCAGGCACUCCAGCCAGAUUGGUUCCAAUGUCUCUCAGAUGGAGAGGCGUCUUGUGCAGAAGUAACUUCCAUCAAAAGAGCCAGAAAGUCUGUUGACCGAUCACUGCUAUUCCUGGAUAAUUGCCUGCGGCUGCAGGAGAAAUCAGAGGUCCUUCAGAAAAGUGUGAUCAUUGGAGUGAUUGAAGGUGGAGAUGUGAUGGAGGAGAGGCUGAGGUCAGCAAGAGAGACAGCCAAGCGGCCUGUAGGUGGCUUCCUUCUGGAUGGCUUUCAGGGGAAUCUGAUGACGCUGGAGACUGGACUGCACUUGCUGUCAUCAGUCACUGCAGAGCUGCCGGAGGAUAAACCCAGGCUCAUCUGUGGUGUUAGCCGGCCAGAUGAGGUGCUUGAGUGUAUUGAAAGAGGGGUGGACCUGUUUGAGAGUUUUUUCCCUUAUCAAGUGACAGAGCGGGGAUGUGCCCUGACUUUCCGCUUUGAUUAUGAGCUGAAUCCUGAAGAGACAUUGCUACAACAAAAUGAUACACAAGAAGAAGUAAAAUAUCAAGAUCAAACAGAGAAAAUUAAAACAACUGAUUGCACCCAAGAAAUGACAUCAUUUGAAAUUAAUCUGAAGGAAAAAAAGUACCAGGAGGACUUCGACCCGUUGGUGAGAGGGUGUUCCUGUUACUGCUGUAAGAAUCACACUCGUGCUUACAUCCACCAUCUGCUGGUGACCAACGAACUGCUGGCCAGCGUCCUGCUCAUGAUGCACAACUUUGAACAUUACUUUGGAUUUUUCCACUCCAUCCGUGAAGCACUAAAAAGUGACAAACUGGCACAGCUGAAAGAGCUCAUCCUCAGGCAAGCGUCUUGA